CCGAGGUGGUGCGGCGGGGAGAAGCUGGCCGCUGGGCCGCCAUGCAGGCUGCCGGGGAGCCGCCGAACCCGCAGCCCUCGCUUUCCGGGGACCACCGCAUCCAAGACGGCGACUUUGUGGUGCUGAAACGCGAAGAUGUGUUCAAAGCCGUACAGGUCCAGAGGAGAAAAAAAGUAACUUUUGAAAAACAGUGGUUCUAUCUGGAUAAUGUCAUUGGUCAUAGUUAUGGCUCAACAUUUGAAGUGACCAGUGGAGGAAACCUUCAGCUCAAGAAGAAGACAGAAGCGCCUACUGCAGAGACUAAAGAAGCGGGCACGGAUAAUCGAAAUAUAAUUGAUGAUGGGAAAUCUCAGAAACUUACUCAAGAUGACAUAAAAGCUUUGAAAGACAAAGGCAUUAAAGGAGAGGAAAUAGUUCAGCAGUUAAUUGAAAAUAGCACAACAUUCCGAGACAAGACAGAAUUUGCCCAAGAUAAAUAUAUUAAAAAGAAGAAAAAGAAAUAUGAAGCCAUCAUUACUAUUUUGAAGCCAUCUACACGUAUUCUUUCAAUUAUGUAUUAUGCAAGAGAACCUGGAAAAAUUAACCACAUGAGAUAUGACACACUAGCCCAGAUGUUGACAUUGGGGAAUAUCCGUGCUGGCAACAAAAUGCUUGUAAUGGAGACAUGCUCAGGCUUGGUGCUAGGUGCUGUGAUGGAGCGGAUGGGAGGUUUUGGCUCCAUUAUUCAGCUGUACCCUGGAGAUGGACCUGUGCGGGCAGCAACAGCAUGUUUUGGGUUUCCUAAGUCUUUCCUCAGUGGUCUCUAUGAAUUCCCCCUCAACAAAGUAGACAGUCUCCUAAAUGGAACAUUUUCUGCUGAAAUGUUGUCUUCUGAGCCAAAAGACAGAAGUUUGGUUGAAGAAAAUAAUGGUGCAUUUGAGGAAAAACAGGCAUCUGAGCAAGCUAAUGAAGACUGCAGGGCAGGGGCUCCAGAUGGCAGUCACCCAGAAGAGCAAGACAAAAUGGAAAUUUCUCCAGAUCCACAGUACAAGGAGUCUAAAGAGAGAGGAAACAGAAAAGAUUAUAUUCAGGAAAAGCAAAGGAGACAAGAAGAGCAGAGGAAAAGACGUGUAGAGGCUGCUGCUCUGCUGAGUGAGAGAAAUGCAGAUGGUUUGAUUGUGGCCAGCCGUUUCCAUCCCACUCCAUUGCUGCUGUCUCUUCUAGAUUUUGUGGCCCCAUCAAGGCCGUUUGUAGUCUACUGUCAGUAUAAAGAGCCUUUGUUAGAAUGCUACACAAAAUUGCGAGAGAGAGGUGGAGUCAUCAACCUCAGGCUGUCUGAAACCUGGCUCAGAAAUUACCAGGUUUUGCCAGAUCGAAGUCAUCCCAAAUUGCUGAUGAGUGGAGGUGGGGGGUACCUUCUGUCCGGCUUCACAGUUGUCUUGGACAACCUGAGAGCAGACCCUAUCCUGAAGUCCAACACGAGCAUGUUAGAUUCUCAUGAGAUGGAGCAGCCAACGGCUAAGAAACAGAAAUGUACAGAGUCCAGUCUACCUUGUAACUCUUAAGGACAGUUUUGAUUUUUGUUCCCCAUCAUUCCACAGUUGGUAAUUAAGUUUUAAAUGCCAUUACUAAUUGUUCUUUCAUAUCCUAAGAAUGUGUUUGUACACCUCAUCUUAGGAAUGUUGAAUUUGUCAAAACUGUAUCUCAAGUGCACAGUAGUGAGUUGACAUGGUAAUUGUGUGUAUUUAACAAAAGCCCUAGAGGACUUCUAGUGUCCUGAAAAUACCUUGAGAGUUUUAGCAUCCUGAAAAUAUGUUUAUAUA